GCGAAAGCCAAAGAGAGUCCAUCGUGGUUCAAGAAUAGAUAUAGAGAGUAGUUUGGGUUUCUGCUAUCGUCUUCCUUCCAGAAGCUUAAAAAUAUCGUAAAGCCUUUGGUGAGCGAUCAAAAGAUUACCUGCGAGAGGCUUCAUCGUCUUCUUAUACGCAUCCAUGUCUCUCUUGAACCAGCUCUUCAAUAGAGGCGUUUUCGGCACAAAAUGCAAAACAUGUCUGAACUUGGCAAUUUCGCGGAUUAAGUUGCUGCAAAACAAGAGAGAUAUGCAGCUUAAACAUAUGCGCAAGGAGAUUGCUCAGUUUUUGCAGGCUGGCCAAGAAGCAAUAGCUCGAAUUCGGGUGGAGCAUGUUAUACGAGAGCAAAACAUAUGGGCUGCUUAUGAGAUAUUGGAGCUUUUCUGUGAAUUUGUCCUCGCACGGGUUCCCAUUAUUGAGAGCCAAAAGGAUUGCCCACCAGAACUACGAGAGGCUAUAUCAAGCAUAAUUUUUUCUGCCCCAAGAUGUUCAGAAGUUCCGGAUUUAUUGCAGAUCAAGAAUUUGUUUACAGCAAAAUAUGGGAAGGAAUUUAUAGCAUCUGCCUCUGAGCUUCGUCCUGAUUCUGGUGUCAACCGAACUAUAAUUGAAAAGCUUUCAGUUAGUGCUCCCUCUGGAGAGGCAAGGCUCAAGGUAUUGAAGGAAAUCGCACAAGAGUACAAUCUGAAUUGGGAUUCUUCUAGCACGGAAGCGGAAUUCAGUAGAAAACAUGAAGAUCUGCUGGGUGGAUCCAAGCACAUAAGUGGUGGAGCUGCACUGCCUUCUCGAGCUCCUGCAAAUCAAGUGUCUUUUAGUUCUCCGCCUUCUAAUGGUGCACAUUAUAUUCAGACCGCAGAGAUUAAACCAGAACCUCAACAACACAUUCCUGCUCCAAGAUCUUUAAUUCAGACGCAUGUGUCAAGUACCGAUGAGAUUCAGCCAUCAAUUAAUAAUGAUGCAGUACCAGUUAGGGAAACAAGACCACAAUCAUCUGUGAUCCUGGAGAAAGCUCGAGCUGCCAUUGCGUCUGCUGAACGCGCAUGUGCUGCUGCCCGUUCAGCUGCUGAGCUGGUUAAGUCAUUAUAGUACUCAAAUUGAUCAUUUGAUCCCAGUGCACGAGGCACAACACUAAAGAAAACACAUGUUACUUCGGUAACACCCUUCCAAAUUCUCUUCAAAGAACGUGAAAAAGGGUACACUACUGGUGAAUAUGAUUUGUAUAUCUUGUGAUGGUGAAGAACUCGCAUUUUCUCUGACAUUAAUCAACAUUUACUGCAACCUAUUUUCUACUA